CACACGCACAUUGCUGGUCGAUUCAGAUCUCUCUCUCUUCCCUCUUUCAAAUCUGAGUCCUCCCCCUUCCCCUUCAUUUCCAAACCCUAACCCUAGCUUUUGAAUUCGAUACCAUGGCGUCCGAAGAAGCAACCGUGGCCGUUGCGAUCGAGACGGUCGAGAAUCCUCCUCCCGAGCCGGUCACCGCCGAGACGGCGGACGACAAACCGGCAGACAAUCCCGGUAAGGCCAGCAAGGCCAAGGAGCCCAAAGCGAAGAAGGCACCUGCUCCAAGGAAGCCGAGAGCCGCCCCCGCUCACCCUCCGUACGAAGAGAUGGUUAAGGACGCAAUUGUGGCUUUGAAAGAGAGGACUGGUUCGAGCCAGUACGCGAUCACUAAGUUCAUCGAGGAGAAGCACAAGCAGCUGCCGCCCAACUUCAAGAAGCUUCUGCUCUUCCAUUUGAAGAAGCUUGUGAGUUCCGAUAAGAUCGUCAAGGUCAAAAACUCCUACAAGCUCCCGCCUGUGAGGUCCUCGGCGCCGAAGCCUUCUUCUCCGGUGAAGAAGAAGCCGGCCGCUAAGCCGAAGGCAAAAGCUCCUGCUGCGAAGCCUAAGGGAGGGAAAAAGCCAGCUGCCAAAGCUCCGGCCAAACCAAAGGCCGCUGCCGCUGCCAAGCCUAAGGCGAAACCGAAGGCCAAGCCCGCAGCUAAGCCAAAAGCUGCUGCUACGAAGCCCAAAGCGGCUGCUCCGGUUAAGUCUAAGCCUGCUGCCAAACCAAAACCCGCCGCCAAGCCUAAACCCGCGGCCGCCAAGCCAAAAGCUGCUGCUACCAAGCCCAAGGCGGCUGCUCCGAAGCCGAAGCCAAAGGAGAAGCCAGCCAAGGUGUCGAGGACGCUGACGAGGUCGUCUCCCGGAAGGAAAGCUCCGACCCCCCGGCCUGCCCCUAAGAAAGCGUCGACUCCGAAGAAGGCUCCGGCGCGGAGCGUGAAGUCGCCGGCGAGGAAAGCUCCAGCUCGCAGAGGAAAGAAGUGAGAGCGUUUAGAGAGGAAGAGAGUCUAGUUGGUCUGUAGGGGUAGUCUUGUAAAUCUCUCCGUCUCUGCAGUUACAAAAAAGGAAUAUAAAAUCCGGAAUUUAUUUUAUAUUUUCCAUUUUGGAGUAAUUUUCUGCCUGAAAAUCGGUCUGUUUAUUUUUGUCUAGGGUUUUGUGGGGGAGAGUUUGGGAAUGGAUUGUAACGAAGUACAGUACAUUUGAGUUGAUGAAUUAGAGAAGAUGAAGAGUUAUUGUGUUC